AUGUCUCCAACCCCGUCCGCCCUCUUCUGUCUUGGAGUUUACAACAAGCCUUCACUCUUAGCCCAGCCCAGCCCGGCAGUGUCCCCAGGAGGGGACGUGACCCUACAGUGUCAGACUCCAUAUAGCUUUGACCAAUUUGCUCUGUACAAGGAGGGGGACCCUGAGCCCUACAAGAAUCCCGAGAUGUGGUACCGGGCCAGUUUCCCCAUCGUCACCGUGACUGCUGCCCACAGUGGGACCUACCGAUGCUACAGCUUUUCCAGCUCAAACCCGUACGAGUGGUCAGCCCCCAGCGACCCCCUGGAGCUCGUGGUCACAGGAACCUCUGUGACCCCUAGCCAGUUACCAGCAGGACCACCUUCCUCCGUGACAGAAGCCUCCAGGAAACAGAACGUCUCACCCUCGAGCAAAGUCUCUCCAACCGAGACUUCUAGGAAUAUCACCUCCAGUCCCGAGGAGUCAGGCUCUCCAAUCGCCCCUGCCCGGCUGCACUACACCAAGGGCAACCUGGCUCGGAUUUGCCUUGGUGCUGCGAUCCUCAUACUCCUGGCGGGGCUUCUGGCAGAGGAUUGGCACAGGCGGAGGAGACCCCUGCUGCACAGGGUCCGAGCGGUGCAGAGGCCACUCCCACCCCUCCCCCAGACCCAGAGAUCACACGGCUGUCCGGAGAGAGGUCGACCAGAUGCUCGUCACCAGGGGUUACAUCCAUAG